AUGAAUUGGACUGCUCAAUCUUUAGUCUACGCCUUCCUGAUUGGUGUAGUCACUCUUCUUAUCAGCUGGAAGAUCAUACAAUUAAAUCCGCCCAAGCCUGAAACACCUCCGACAGGUGAACGGAGCAAGAGUUCAGACUCCAAGACCUUUCGAGUGCAGGGACUACCAGCGAAACAUGGCAAUGAUGGCAUAUCUCCCAGGCACGUCGAAGAGCUAGUGAGAAAGACUUACAGGGUCGGAGAAGAUAUCCGAAUCUCGAUCGGGUCUCUCGCCCCGCAUCCGACAAGGACGGGGGAAAGCGUUGCGACACUAAGCUUUGCGGGGACCCCGGAGUCUUUAAGGAAAUCCCAUGCGCUUGAUCCAGCUUCAACACUCCAGGUGCGCUUGGACGACCAUUUUCAUGGCCUUACGCCGCUACACUCCGUUGAGGAUUCCCACGCGGACCUUGUAAUAGUUGCACUCUCAGGGCUGAACGGGCAUGCUUACGGGUCCUUUAAAAGGAAAGGCGGAGAGUACAUGUGGCUACGAGAUGACCUCUGCCGCUGGCUUCCCAAAGCGCAUGUGUAUAUCUACGGAUACGAUACGGCAAUGGAGCAUAGCGACUCGUUUCAGACCCUCUACGAUCUCGGUGCCUCGCUGAAAUCGACUUUGACAGCGCUACUUAGGCCAGAAGACACUAAUUACUCCCCCACCCCGCUGGUGUUGAUAGGUCAUAGCCUGGGCGGAUUGAUAGUCAAAGAGGCUUUGUGUCAAAUGUCAGAGGGCAAGAAUGUCGAGGAGAAGGGAAUUCUCAAAAGCUUACAAGCCGUGCUGCUUUUCGGAACGCCUAACCAGGGCAUGAACAUCGAGUCCCUUAUUCCCAUGGUGGACGGUCAGGCCAAUGAACUGUUUGUCCGUUCUUUAGGGUGUGAUUCUGCCGAGCUCCGUCGACAAGGAAUAGUCUGGCAUCGCGUAUUCGUAGAACGGCGUGAUGACAAGAUUACCCCACUGCUUGAAGUCUUCUCAUUCUACGAGACUAUGAACUCACCUACUGCAAUCAAGGCCGAUGGAAAGUGGAAGAUGGCUGGAGCUCCAGCCAAGCUGGUUGACCGGAACUCGGCAACUCAUGGACAAUCCUUUGAUGGCAACAAUCAUUACGUACACCCGAUCAAUCGCAACCACUCGGAGCUCGUGAAGUUCACCUCACCAACGGAUGAAGUCUAUAGCGAGACGGUGCUUCCGUUGCUACAAAAACACUAUAAAAUUGCUCAGAGUCGAGAUCCUGUGCUCCUGUUGUCACAGAAUCAGCAAAAAGCAUUAGACCAUUGUCGAUCUUCACUCUCAUUUCCAGAGGAGCAUACACGUGUUGAACAGGUUUUAGUGGCCGAGAACCACACAUGCACUUGGUUUACCAAACAUCCUGACUUCACCGACUGGCUCCGCAACGACAGAGGUCUUCUUUGGCUCCAUGGGCUCCCCGGAGCCGGCAAGUCCACUGCUUUGAAGCACGCCGUCAGAUCUAUGGAAGAUCACCCCCACAAUGCUGUAGUGAUUUCUUUCUUUAUCUACGGACUGGGGAUUGACUUGCAAAAGACCUUACGGGGCAUCUGCUGCAGCCUCCUUCGCCAGCUGCUCCUUCACGUUCCGGAAGCCUUUCUCACCAUGUUGUCAGAGGCACGAGACAAACAUGAGCCACAGAACUGGGGUGCAUUUGAAUUGCAAGAACAUCUCAAGCAGGGGCUGAUGAAGGCGGCAAGGACACGUCCAAUCAUCAUUUUCAUAGACGCCUUGGAUGAGUUCUCGGCUGCGGAGAACGAGCGUGGUGUCUUGGUUCAAUUUCUCCGGGACCUGUGUUAUGGCAAUCAAUACGCCGGUUUGAGAGUGAAAGUCUGCGUAUCAUGCCGAUACUACCCAAACCUGUUCACAAAGGGCAUUGAAAUUCCGGCCGAGAAGCACAACCGCAACGACAUCGCCACUUUCGUCCGCUCCAGUUUGGAAGAUCUACCUGAGAAGAAAAGAGUGCCCCUGGAAGAACACAUCAUCAGUAGCUCAGACGGUGUUUUCCAAUGGACUCAUCUCGUCUGUCUGCGUGUGCACGAUCUCCACCGAGCAGGAAAGCCCCUCAAGGCGAUCUUGGCUGACGUGGACAGUAUUCCCAAGGAGCUGCAUUCGCUUUAUAAGCGGUUGCUGGAAGAGAUCGCCGAAGAAGACAAGAUGCAAUCUCUCAAGCUGUUUCGUUACGUGUGCUUCGGCAAACGCAGGAUUUGCCUCAGAGAACUGCAGCAUGCGUUGGUCAUGACUCCGGACACACGUGAGGUGGCAACGGCCAAGCUCGCCGAAGAGGACACCUUCAUCGAAGAUCUCGAAGAUAUCAAGAAUUCGGCAAAGUAUUUAUCAAAAGGCCUGAUUGUCUCUGAAGACCUCUCGGAGAUCUACAGAUUUCAAGGGAAAGGGUGGGGAGAGCGGCUCCGGUUGAUCCAUGUCUCUGUUAUGGAUUUCAUGCGCGAUGGAGGAUUGAGGACGCUCCAGGAGGCCGAGCCGCAUCCCAGUAGCGAUACGCCUGAAGGGGCCGCCCACUACUACAUCUCGCGCGUGCUGCUCAACUACGUGUUCCGCAGAGGAAUUAGGAAUUUCUACAAAGGCAUUAUCCCAGGGACGUCCAGGGACUUUCCUCUGGAUGCCUACACGCGGACUUCGGUCAUAUCUCACAUCGAAGCCGCGGAAAGUCAAGGAGUGGAUCAAUUCGACCUGCUUCAUCUGUUCGACUGGCCCCACAGAACGAGAGCGAUCGAGAAUUUCUGUCAUCUCAGGAAUGCAUACACUGGGGCUUCGCUGAUCCACUUGCUUGCUGCAUGGGGCAUCAUGAGCGCGCUCAAGCCUUUGAUACAAUACAACCCCAGCGAUGGAUCCAAGACAAGAUACGACUCGGAGAUAUCCGCUCUGCUAUCCCGAGGCACUCCUCCAGCCGGUGUCCUUCUCGCUUCAGGACGCAUCAACCUCGACCUCCCGGACAUCAAACACGCCAAGACGCCCCUGCACUACGCAAUCGAGUACGAUAAAGCCGACGUCGCUCACGAGCUGCUCACCUCAAGCCGAGUCGACCGCAAUGCCCGAGCAAACCUCCAAAUAACCCCUCUCAUGUCUGCCAUCUACCGCGGUCAAACAUCGAUAGUCGAGGAACUGUUGAGCAGCAUCGCCGUCGACCCAGCUGCCCGGGACUACAGAGGCUCCACCGCCAUGCACUAUUGCGCGCAAGCCUUCCGCAGCGAAGGCGCCAUCGUGAAGCUCCUGCUCGACGACCCCCGCUUCGACCCCGACGCCCGCGACAAGGCGGGCGAGACACCACUCCACGUGGCCGUAACCAUGAUUUCCGACCCGCGCAGCGUGCCGCUACUACUCGCGUCUACCCGCGACAUCAACGCACGAAACAGGCGGGGGGAGACGCCGCUGAUCGCGUUUGUGCGGUAUGCCGCUGGCUUGGACGCAUCGGAGCAUGCGGAGCUCGCGGACGUGCUGGUGUGCUUGUUGGGACAUCCGGGGAUCGAGUGUCGGGCGAGGGAUAGGUUGCGGCACACGGCGCUGUUUUAUGCUGCUACUAGGGGGAUGGAGAUGUAUGUGGGGAUGCUGCUUGAGCGGUGUGGUGGCGGCGGCGGCGCCGCUGCUGCUGAUGGGGAUAGCUUGGGACGGACGCCGUUGUCGCAGGCUGCUGGGAGGGGGUACUUGGGGAUUGUGGAGAUGAUGCUUGGUGCGGAGGUGCUGGAUGCGGGGACUGUGCGGUUUGCGUAUCAGGAAGCGAAGAGGGAAGGUAGGGAGGAGGUCAUGAGGAGGUUGCUGGAGACGGGAAAAGUGGAGGAGAAUUAG